AUGAACUUACAAGGUAUCAUCUUUCCUCUCCUGGGGAAUCUUUCCUCUCUUCAAACCCUAGAUCUCUCCAACAAUGCCCUCGCUGGCACCAUUCCACCUCAACUCGGUGAACUUCCCCGUCUGCAGGUACUCUGGCUUUACCGCAAUCAAUUGAAAGGAACCUUUCCGCCCACUCUCUCCGCUUGCCGCGGUUUGUAUGACAUGGAUCUCUCUUAUAAUCAACUGCGUGGCAGCAUUCCGCCUGAGCUGAGUCGCCUCACAAGCCUGAAGUAUCUUGAGUUAGGAGUAAACAAUCUCACAGGCACCAUUCCCCGUGCUUUAGGAAAUAUGUCCUCCUUAGUUGGACUAUAUUUGAGUGAAAAUGAUCUCACAGGUACCAUUCCCCCUGAAUUGGGACUCCUGCUUCAACUAAAGGAGCUUUCUCUUUAUAUGAAUCAGCUGUCAGGCCUCAUUCCACCUCAACUCGGCCAACUUCACCGUCUGCAGGUACUCUGGCUGAACGACAAUCAAAUACAAGGAACCCUUCCCCCUGAAUUGGGAGCCCUGCCUCAACUAAAGGAGCUUUCUCUUUAUAUGAAUCAGCUGUCAGAUUUAGAAUUGGGAAACAACAGUCUUCAUGGUUCCAUUCCCCCUGAACUGGGCAUGCUCACUAAACUCCAGGUUCUGUACCUUUAUACAAAUAACUUAGAAGGAACUAUUCCCAGGUCUUUACGAAAUCUGUCUGCCUUGACUGAUUUAGAAUUGGCAAGAAACAAUCUCGCAGGUACCAUCCCCCCAGAACUGGGCAUGCUCGCUCACCUCCAGACGCUUUACAUGUUUGAAAACCACCUGUCAGGCAGCAUUCCUUCCUCUUUAACAAAUCUUUCAAAAUUGAAUGAAUUAGCUUUAUCUAAUAACCAGCUAAGUGGAAAUAUUCUAUGGGACAUUGGUACCAAGCUUUCCAAUUUGCAAUACCUCAGUUUAUGGGCAAAUCAGCUUAGUGGAAACAUACCGAAGUCCAUUGGAAAUUGUUCCCGUCUCAAAGUAUUUUUACUAAGCCAAAACUGGCUCAGUGGAAUGGUGCCAAUGGAGAUUGGUAAGUUGAGACACCUUACCCUGCUUAAACUAAGCCAGAAUCAACUUGUUAGUACGAGCAGAAACACAUUGGCUUUUCUGAAUGCUCUCACAAAUUGCUCCCACUUGAAAACAAUAGCAGUGUCAGAAAAUCGUCUAGCUGGUGUAUUGCCUCCAUCCAUUGGCCAACUGUCUUCCAAUCUCUUUCAUUUGAAUUUAUCAGAAAACAUGAUAGGCGGAACCAUAACUCAGGAAAUUGCCAAUCUGACAAAUAUAACCUACUUAGAUUUAGGCCAUAACCUUUUCAGAGGCACCAUUCCUUCUGAAAUUAAAAGAUUGCGUAUGUUGGAAAGAUUGCAUCUGAAUGGGAACAAAUUAGAUGGAAGCAUUCCAAGUGAGAUAGGUUAA